AUGUUCCUCAUCGGAUCGCUGAGCUCCUGCGUAGCCAGCACUGCCGCGGCAUGCGCUUGCACGGUGUGCACCUGCGCGUCGAGGGAGGCCAUGGUGCGGAGCGCGAGGCUGGCCUGGAGCUUCCUCUUCACGCUGUCCAUGAUCCUGGCAUGGAUCCUGCGCGACUUUGCCAAGCCCCUGCUCAUGAAGAUCCCAUGGAUCGUCAAGUCCUUCAACAAGGGCUCCAUGCCUUCGGAUGAGUGGUUCGGGGCCCAGGCCGUGUACCGCAUCAGCCUGGGGAACCUGCUCCUCUUCGGCAGCCUGGCGCUGGUGAUGAUGGGGGUGAAGCGCACGAGCGAUCGGCGCGACACCCAGCUCCACCACGGCUCCUGGCUCAUCAAGGCUGCCCUCUGGACGGUGUGUAUCCUCCUCCCCUUCCUUCUCCCUCCCAGCGUCAUCAACGCCUACUCCUGGGUCGCGCGUUUCGGCUCCCCCCUCUUCCUGCUGACCCAGAUGGUGAUUGUGGUGGACGUGACCCAGGCCUGGAACGACGCGUGGGUGGAGGCCGGGGACGAGGAUGAGACCUGGCUGUACGGCCUGCUGGCCGCCACGCUGGGCGCGCUGGGUGGCUGCGUAGCCCUGGCCGCCCUCUGCUUCCACUUCUUCGCCCCCGCCAGCCAGGACUGCUCCCUGAACCUGACCCUGAUCAGCCUGACCCUGGUCCUGGUGGUGGUCAUGGCGCUGACCAGCUUCCACCCCGCGGUGGAGGCGGGCAGCCUCUUCCCCGCCGCCGCCGUCGGCCUGUACGUGUCCUACAUGGGCUACAGCGCGCUGCAGUCGGAGCCGCGCGACUACGCCUGCAACGGCCUGGGCGCGCGCCUGGGUGCGGCGAGCGGCGCCACGCUGGCGGGGGGCAUGCUGCUCACGCUCCUCUCCGUCGUCUACUCCGCCUUCCGCGCCGGGUCCAACACGCAGACCUUUGCAGGGGCCUGGGCCGGGGGAAAUGGCGCGGGCGCCGAGCCGCUGCUCGCCGGCGAUGCCGAGCUCACCUCCGCGGGCCUCGAUGGCGAGGACGCGCCGGUGCCCUACUGCUACGCCCAGUUCUAUGCCGUCUUUGCGCUGGCCUCCAUGUACAUCGCCAUGCUCAUGACGGGCUGGGGCGCGACCGGCCAGCCCAAGGCGAGUGAUGCGGCGGCUGGGUGUUCAGAUGCCGUGGACGUGGGCUGGACAUCGGUGUGGGUCAAGAUCGUCACGCAGUGGGUGGCGGCAGCGCUCUACUGCUGGACGCUCCUGGCCCCCUCCCUCUUUCCAGACCGGGUCUUUGGCUGA